AUGGACGCUGUGCAGCCCUCAUCGCGCGACGCCUCGGACGAGGGUGCCGAGGACCCUGUCCUCCAAGCCGUCGCGUCCAAGAAGGAGCGCCAGGCCGAUGCCAAUGCCAAUGGCACGACGACGACGACGACGACGACGAAGCGGGUACGCGUCAAGAGCGCUCACGGCGACCAAGACAGCGACGAGGAUGAGCGCGCAAGCAAGAAGAGCCGCCGCACAUCCUCGCUUGCAGGCGACGAUGACCACGGCGAGGGAGGCGAGGCUGGAAGCAUGCGCAUGGAGCCUCCGCCGAAAGCUGGCCUCGUCGAUCCUGUAGGGUACAAGACGAAUCCGCCGCCAGAGGGCCGACCGGUCAGGAUAUACGCAGACGGUGUGUUUGACCUCUUCCACAUUGGACACAUGCGCGCCCUGCAGCAAGCCAAGACGGCCUUUCCAGACGUCCACCUCGUCGUCGGCGUUACCGGCAACAAGGAGACGCACAAGCGCAAGGGUCUGACCGUUUUGUCGGCGAGGGAGCGUGCCGAGAGCGUGCGCCAUUGCAAGUGGGUUGACGAGGUGAUUGAGGACUGUCCUUGGAUCGUCACCGCCGAGUUCUUGCUCAAGCACAAUAUCGAUUAUGUUGCGCACGACGACCUUCCCUAUGGCGCAGACGAAGGCGAUGAUAUCUACGGUCCCAUCAAGGAGCGCGGCAUGUUCCUCGUCACACAGCGCACAGAGGGUCUCAGCACAACGGGUAUCAUUACAAAGAUCGUACGCGACUACGACCAAUACAUUGACCGCCAACUCAAACGCGGCACCUCGCGCAAAGAACUAAACGUGUCCUGGCUCAAGAAGAAUGAACUAGACGUCAAGCGCACCAUGGCCGAGCUGCGCGACAGCAUCAAAGCCAACUGGACCACCACAGGCCAGGAACUGAGCAAGGACUUUAGACAGUUUUGGCAAUACGGCACGUCGAGACCCGCUAGUCCUGCGAGGACGCCAACGCGGGAGCAGACGCAGGCUGAGGCUAUGGAAUCUGGCGGCAAUGUUGCGAGGAGCCCAAGUGCGAUUAGUAGGCUGAGCCACUUGGACAUACCGAGGGCGAACAUCAACAGUACCAGGGAGUCAUCCGAGUUCGCGGCCGGCUACAAUCUGGGUCUGAUUGGUGGUGUGAGGUCGUGGAUGGCACGUAGUCGCCGUAAUCUGAACGAUAGUAGGCCCCAGAGCCCCACGUUUGAUGAGAGCUCUGACGAGCAGGAGGGAGCGAGGAGUCCGCAGGAUAAGGAAGUUACGCGUGGACGGACGGGCAAACAGAUGAAGAGCGAGGGCAUGGAUACGGCGGCUUAG